AUGAGGCUUACUCUCCUUGCGGGUUUUGCGGUUUCGUUGGCUGCUCGGACACAGGCUGCGCCAACUGGCACCAAUACCAGUGCACCUGUCGUAUCGCUCCCGUAUGCCCGAUACCAGGGCUUCCACAACGAGACAUCUGGCUUGGACGUAUUCUUGGGCAUAAGAUACGCACAAGCUCCAGUAGGCGAUUUACGCUGGAGAGCCCCCAAAUCUCCCAUUCCCGUUAAAGAAACGCUACAGGCCACAUCACAGCCUGCAAAAUGCUUCCAGCUCAAUAUAUUGGGUGACUCGGGUAGCACACCAGGCGUUCCUGACCCGACCGAGGAUUGUUUAUUCUUGAAUGUCUACGCACCACCGUUGAAUACUCGCAAGAAGAAGCUCCCAGUUCUUGUGUGGAUCCAUGGUGGAGGCUACUUUGCGGGCUACGCCGCCAGCUACGACCCCACAACUAUGAUCCAAGCUUCGAAUAAUUCGUUUGUGGCUGUGAUCAUCCAAUACCGUCUGGGAAUGUUUGGCUUCCUCCCCGGAUCCGAGAUCAAGAAAAAUGGAACGCUGAAUGCUGGCCUUUUGGAUAUGGAAUUCGCGCUGAAAUGGACUCGGAAAAAUAUCCAUUUGUUUGGUGGGAACCCAGAUGACGUAACCAUUUGGGGAGAAUCUGCUGGAGCGGGAGGGGUCAUGAUGCAGGUCGUCGCGAAUGGUGGCAAAACUGCGCCACCGUUGUUCAAACGUGCAAUUGCAAGUUCGACGUAUGUUCCACCUAAUUAUCGGUAUGACGAUCCUCAAGCGGAGCUCCAAUACGCCAGCUUGGUCAGCAAUACUGGCUGUGCAAAUGCUACCAAUACUCUGGCUUGCCUCCGAAGCUUAGACUAUGCCACACUGGCUGCUGGAGCCACUCAACUACCUAGACCUGUUGUCGAUGGAUCUUUCCUUACUCAACGUCCCCAGCUGUCGUUGGCAAAGAAACAAGUAAACGGGGAAAAGUUGAUUAGCUUGCACAAUGUAGAUGAAGGCCGCAUAUUUGUUUCUCAAGACGCAAAUAGCACAGUUCAGUCCUGGAUGCAGCAACAAUUCCCGGAUCUGACCCAACAAAACCGCACUGUCAUUGAAAAUGCGUAUCAAGUAUUUGCAAGUAGUGGUGCUUCCGAGGCAGACAACGUAUACACACUGCAGACUUGGAUUUUUGGAGAGGCACAAUUCGUUUGUCCAAGCUUCUGGUUGGUUGAUGCGUUUUCAAAGAACGGUUACCAGGGGCUGUUUGCUGUACCGCCCUCUCUGCAUAGUUUGGACCUGAAUGUUUACUUCCCAGGGUCAUCUUCCAUCCAGCCAGCACAGCCCUUCUCGCAGAGCUUCUUCGAUAGUUUUGUGGGCGCACUGUUAUCCUUCAUUCUAACAGGCACGCCAAAUAGUAAUCCUAUUAACAAGAGUAUCAAUCCCAAUUGGCCCUUGUACGACUCAAAGAACCCUAAGGGCAUGAAGUUUAACGUUACUGCAUCCGGAGAUGCCAACGCCCAGUUCGAGGCUAUUGAUUCAGCACUUCGCCAACGUUGCAGUAUCUGGCGCUCACUGGCCCCUUACACACCCCAAUAA